AUUUCAGAACAAAGUUACAGUCAUGUUGACCCUGGAGAAUGAGCAUUACAUACGAUUGAUACUUCUGAUGCUAAGAGCUGGAACUUUAGUUCUUAGGCAGAUAUUGAUCAAAAAGUUGGCAGACCGAAAUAUACAGCUAUGCGGUUUCCUUCAAAUUAACAAAGAGGCAAUAAAGCAAUUAAAGUACUCAAAAGUAUUAACCUUAAAACAGUAUAACAUUCUUUUCCCAUGUAAUAAUACAAUGCCACACAUAUGUAAAUUUGACAUUUCCUUGCUUUCUUGCUUAUUACUGAACCUGUUUGGUCCAUCACUGCAAGAAUCGGAUAAAAAAGCAAUAGAAAAAAUACGGACAUUACGAAAUGAUUUUACUGCCCACCACCCAGAUGGCUGCAUUGAUACUAGGACAUAUUGCAGAAAAUGGAAUCAACUAAGUACAUCAAUUAAGAAUCUAGGAAAAGGAUUGAACAGUAAAGAAUCUGAUGCCCUCGAUGAAUUAAUUGAAAACGUUGGAGAUGAUCCUAUAGAUAUAAAGUGUGCAAUACAGUACAUCAGAGAUGAAGAUUGGACUACGGACCCGUUUUUUGAACAUGUUAGCCUGCAGUUAGAGCAGUUAUCUCUUGCAGUAAAAGGAACAGAGCAGCUAGUGAUGGAACUGAAAAGUAUUAUUCAAAACGGAAAUAAAGAUAUUUCGACUGUUAUAGUUGGAGAAGUGACUGUAAGCGGUAGAAACCCAGAAGCGGUAACAUCAGCAGCAGCAACCUUAAUUGCGCAUGCUAAAAGAUCAAAAGGAUUUGUUGAAAGGUUCAGUUCGGCUUUAGAGUCCAGCAGACAGGGGAUAACAAACAUAAUAUCUACCGCAUUUACUCGUGUUAAAGGUUUCUUCUCAAGUCAAAACUUAGCUCUGACUCAAGAUGAACAAAGCGCUUCUCAAAGAUGUGUAACAUCACUCGUUCAGGACAUUCAAGAUGCCGGAGGUGAAGUUAUAGAUGUAACGGAAGGUUCCGUGCUCUUACAUAUUCGAUGCCAUUCCGUUGUUGUGCUGUUAAGCGUAUUGAACUAUUUUAAGAGUACAGUAUUAGAACAAAGGUUGAAGGAUAUAGCAGAAUGUUUAACAGAAGAAACAGGAUCACAAAUAUACUUGUCAGCAUGCAUUCAAAUAAAACCACUACAGGAAGCCUUACAAAAUAUACAUGAAAAACAAAGUAAUAUGUUUACUGAAAGAGUACGUUUUUCCAUAAAAUGUCGAGAUGCUGAAGGUGUUCUAAACGUCGUCAACUUAUUCGAAGGUUCAAAAAUGUCUGACAAUAUCUCCACAUUAUCAAACAGUUUAUCAAGUGUAGUUGCAGGACCUGUUACGUUGAGAACAUCCGUUGAUUCGUAUACAGUACAAAAGUAUAUUAAAGAAGCAAGAGAUAAACAAAAAGAAACUGACCAAAGCGGUCAAUGA